AUGGAUGUUGUGCAAUUAAUAAAUAGUGUAUAUCACAGAAGGGCUAUAUGGGAUCAGAGUCAUCCAGAUCAUCGCAACCGAUACGUGCUAGAUAAGUUAUGGGAGGAGGUAGCCAAUGAAUGCAAUAAUCAGUCGGUUAAGAAAGUUUCUGAGAAGUGGAAAAAUCUACGUGAUUAUUUCAGAAAAGAACUGAAGAAAAUACCUCUGCCCCGGUCUGGUGAUCCAGGCGAAGAGGCUCUUAAAAAGAGCUCCUGGCCUCAUUUCAAAAGUUUAUUGUUUCUGAGAGACCAGUUUCUGCCGAGAUCCAGUCAUAGCAACCUGUUGGAUCCCGACAAUGACACACAAGUUUCGACACCCUCUACGCAGAUGGAUGAAAAUGAUGGUGACUAUGACGAAGACGAAAUGGACGAAACGCAGGGUGUAGAAACGCAGGAAACAGAACCCGACCACACAGAAUCAGUCACUCCAAUUCAAAGCACACCAAAAGAACCACGAACUAUUCUAAAGAAUAGGGCCCGAAAACGGUCAAAUCAACUUGACGCUUUUCUUGAGAUAGAGAAGAAAAAACUACAAUAUUUAGAUGAGAAACGUGUCGCUGCAGACCGUGGCAGAGCCCUACCAGUCACAGAUGACGAUAAACUGUUUUUUGAUAGCCUUUUGCCCCACGUGGUGAAAAUUAGGCCUCAUCGAAAACUUCAGUUCCGCAAUGAAAUUCAAAAUUUGGUUCAGAAGUAUGCCUAUGAAGAGUACUCGAACAAUCAGUCCACCAUCAAUGUCAUAGACCUGGUUCAAUCAGCCGUAUUCAUAAAAGAGAAGCAUAUCCUCGCAACCAGCGCCAACUUAAAAUUCACCGACGGUGUCUCGACGCAUCGGCCGAGGCAAGGCGCUGAGCUGGACUGCGCAAAAAGGCAUUAUGAUUUCCAGGGAGGCAAAGAGAAAUCUAAUUGUAGCGUGCCUGAAGAAGAGAAAAAACUGAAAGAGAAACAAGGUCAUGGCCAAAUGGGAACAACUGAGAACAAGACUUUGAGUCUGAUAAUAUUUUGA